UAGGGGGUGAGCCUUGCUUUGUGGGCUCCCCUGUUCCUGGAGGAUGCUGACACUGGCACCCAUGGGGCUCCUGGUGCUGGUCCUGCUUUGGGCACAGGCAGGAGUGACCUCGGGGAAAACUGCAGACCAACAGGUCGGAGAGGAGGUGGCCUGCAUGGUGGCCUGCACAGAGACAGCGGGGUCACACCUCCCUGUGGGCACCAGAUACACCUACCAAUACUCCAGCAACACCAGCACCAGCCUGCAGGGGGCGCCGCUGGAAGCCAGUGGCCUGGGCCUCCAGGGCUUGGCCGUCCUUGAAGUGUUAGGCCCAUGCCAGAUGGCCUUAUGGCUUCAAAACCUCCAAGUGAUGUCUGUUCUGGGGUCCCAGGUGGAAGUUCUGAAGGAAUCUGACAGUUUAAGUGCUGCUCUGGGCCACAGUCCUCUUGGCUUCAUCCUCAGAGAUGGGCAAGUGGUCCACGUGUGUCCCCACCGCUCUGAGCCACGCUGGGCCUUGAAUGUGAAGUGGUCAGUUCUGAGCCUUGUACAGAGCAGUCCUGAGGUUCACACGUCCAAGACCCUUGAGGAGGUAGACAUUCUGGGUCGGUGUCCCACCACCUACCGGAGUCAAGGGGAUCAGCUGCUCAAGACCAAGGACUUGGCACUGUGCUCUCUCCGCACAGCUCACUCCUCCCUGUACACUCAGCUGCUGCCUGGGAUGUCCAGUCUAGCGUCCAGCUUCAGCUGUCAGCAGAGCUUCCAGGCUGGUGUACUACAGGAGGCUGCCUGUGAGGAGCUGCACGCAGCUGGACCGCUGCUCCGGAAGGCCAGUGCGGUGCACACACGAGUGUUCUCCUCCAUCAAACUGCUGCACGUGGUGGCUGGGGACCCAGCCAGCACAGACAUAGACUUCAAAGAUGUGAGUCCCAGCAGCCUGCAGCAUGAAUGGGAGGAGACACUGACCCCAGCCACAGUGGUCACGGCAGCUGCUUUAGUGGAGAGGCUGUGUGUGGCUCCACCUGCCAGCUUUGAGACCACAGAGAUAUUCCUGAUGCUGGUGUCUGAGCUCCAAGGCCUUUCUGGGGAUGGGCUGACUGAAGUCUGGCAACACUCAUCUUUGAAAUGCCAAGAUGAUUGGCAUCCACUGGUAGACGCUCUGCCUGCCUGUGGUACUCAGAACUGUGUGGACCUCAUGAAGCGGGAGGUGGAGGCAGACCAGGCUGAGGCGUGGCUGUGGUUGUUGGCCUUCAUCCCGAAGCCCACAGAUGCCAUGGUGUACACACUGCUGCCACUGCUGCAGUCUCCAGGGGCCAGCUCAGGUGCCUUCCUUGGCAUCUCAGCUCUGGCACACAACCUCUGUGCUGCUCUGGACGGGCGCUGCCAACUGCUACCUGGAGUUGGCUCUCUUGUAAGGAUUCUGGGAGAGGCGCCGGGUGUGAACUGCAGCUUCCUGGAGCCUGUGGACGCUGGUCAGCUUCAGCUUGUGCUGAAGGCCAUUGGCAAUGCAGGGCUGGCAGCCGAGGCUCUCACCCCUGUGCUGAGCACCUGUGCUUCCCUGAGGGGCAACUCUCCAGAGAUCCGGCUGGCGGCUGUCCAGGCCUUCCGGAGGAUCCCUUGCUCUGCAGACAGGUCAGUGCUCUCUCGCCUGUACCAAGCUCCCGAGGAGGACACAGAGCUCCGUAUCAAUGCCUACCUGGCUCUGAUGAGGUGCCCCAGUGAGGAGGUGUUUGCCCAGGUGCGGCACACCCAGGCUAGUGAGCGGUCCACCCAGGUGGGGUCUUUUGUGAGGAGCCACAUUCUGCAGCUCCUGAGGACGGAUGAUCCCUUGAAACAUGACCUUUGGGACUCCCUCCCUGAGGACAUCCUCGCUCAGCAGUUCCAGACGGAGACCUGGAAACACUCAUCUUACUGUGAUGUCACCUUCCGCUCAACAUCCGGCAACCUGGGAGCCAACCUGGAGAGGACCCUUCUCUUCUCUCCCGACUCUUUCCUUCCUUGUUCUGCCACAGUGAAUCUCACUGUCUAUGCUGCUGGCUGGGCCUUCAACCUCCUGGAGCUGGAAGUCCAGCUGAAAAAUGCUGAAGACAUCAUCCUCCGUCUGCUGGGCCCUAAGUCCUUCUGGAGGCAGGAAGAGAAGAGAGAGUCCAAGCCAGAGAAUCCUUCAGGGCCAGAGCCAGGCCUGGACAGCGCUGAGUGUGCAAACAAAAGAUCCAGAAAGAUGAAGGCCCUCCAGGAAAAGAUGGCCCAGAGGUCUGAGGCUAGAUGGGUACCAGGCUGCCAGCUGAGUAUCAGGGUGUUCGGGCAUGAGCUGAGCUUUGUGGACUGUGGGCCUCUGGGUGGCCACAGGAGACGCUGGUUUCUGCGUCUGGCUGAACUUGCCAUCAAGCUUCUCAAGGGGCAAGAGGUGCCGGUGACCCGGAGGCUGAGCUUGGCUUUGGGGGAGCUCUUCUUUCCCACAGUGUCUGGCAUUCCAGCCAGGCUCAGUCUACAUGCCCUGGCUACUGUCAGCAUCCAUGUCCAAGGAGUGGCUGACUUCCAGCAACUCUCAGAUUUCUUCCUGAGGGGUUCCAUCAAGCCCAGGGAGGUGAGAGGAGCCAAACCCAAGAUCACCAAACCACAGGGACAACUGAGCAAGGGAGGGAAGUCCUUCUCUAGUCCUGCUGUUGUGUCCCAAACCUGGGGUUGGCAGCUGUGUACUGCAGUGGCCUGGCCAGGUCCUGGUCAGCCCUCCCUGCUCUCAAUGCCUGUGCUCGUGAAUUUGACUCUGCAGAAGCAGGAUCCAGGACUUCAGCUGUACCUGCUAGAAGCUGCCUACACCCUGUACUUCCAGAAGGACAGCUGGCUCCCAGAAGAAGCCACCGCCCAUUUCUUCAUGGGUACACCCCAGUCAGAUGUGGCCAGGGAUGUUGAGGUGGACAUCAGUUACAGCCUGCCCCAGAGGAAGUGCCGGCUCAAGCUGCUCCACCCCAAAAAGAAAAUUCAGCUGGAUGGGAAGAUCGAGAUUCUCAAGAGUACACGCACUGGCCACCUGGAGCUGGUUCUGGACGGCAGGGACGUCUAUUACAUCAAGGGCCGAAGUGACCUGCAGCCAGCAUCGGGCAUCAAGACCCAGCGGUUUGAGGCCCAGCUGGAGGCAAAGCUAGUGACAGCAGGCAGACCUAUCGUCCUUGACGGGAACAUCACUUGGCAGGCAGGCAGCAGGCUGGACUUCUCUGCAUCUCUGAGCCGCAUGCGGAACGACCAGGCUCAUGUAACAGUGUUGCUGGAGAAGAAGGCAGAGGCUGGGCUGCAGGCGACUACCCUGGGCGUCGAGCUGCAGGCUCCGGGUGUGGUAGAGCUCCACAUCCAGGGCCUGCUGGAGCAGCGCGGGCCUGUGGGAAGCAGCAGCCUGAGGAUCAAGUACAGCCUCCUGGGUCAGGCAAGGCACGUGGCCCACGAGUGCAGCACCCACCAGAGGCUGAGGAUGGAGAAGGGCCCCAAGGAUACCCGUGAGCUGGAGCUGGUCCAUGAGUUCUACUGCACACAGCUCCCAACCAUCAGUCACAAGGUCCAGCUGCAGUACAAACAGGGCCUGGACCACCUACGCUGGCAGCUGGAGUCCAGCUACGGGGAGCAGUGGGCUGAGAUUGGCAACAAGAGAUUCCUGCGCAUCAGCCAGACCUUCAGGAAUGACUCGGGGCCAUCACUCCACAACUACUUCCUGGAGCUUGCGCUGCAGGUCCCCGAGAGGCGGGUGGACUGCCUCGCACAGCUGUACCACUCUAGCCUCCGGCAGCCCCAUGUCAAAAGCAGCACAUAUGUGAAGGUGCUAGUCAACGGGCUGCCCUUCAUGGUGGCCUUGCACUGGAAGGACACAUCUGGGGCCACCGUGUGGAGAUGGGAAGGGGCCUUGAACUUGGACAGCCCCUGGCUCACAGUGUCCACAGCACACAGGCUCUACUGGCCACACUGGGCCAUGUUCCAAGCUGUGUCAGAGCUGAUGAUGGCCAAGGCCUGGACUCUCAAGGAUUUGGUGGUCAGCAUGACCUGCAGGGGGCAGGGCCACGACAGGGAAGUCAAGAUCCAGGUGCACACUGAAGCCACCACCUACCUCCGGGUUUCCAUGGUGACAACCUUUAUGCCAGGCCUCUUCCACAGCACGAGUGAGCUGGAAUCAGCCUGGAGUGCCCCUGUGCAGAGUGAGGUUCUUGCUGAGAGCAGCCAGGACAGGAGGGGCCUGCACUGCUGGCUGAAGGGUCUCCAGCAGGAACUGAACUUCACAGUAGCCUACAAGCGCACAGAGAGGCCUCAGAAGACCUAUGUACUGCUGACAGUCCUGGGGGCUGGCUUCCCGGGCCAGCCUGCAGGCCUGCAGCUGGAGGGUCAGCUGGAGCAGCUGCAACACAGGAAGACGUUGUACCGGAAACGAGGGACAUUGCUGCUCAGGCACCCCUGGCACCUCCUGGUCCCGCAGAGCCUCCUCUUGCAGGGGGCCUUUACGGUGGACAAUCAACGCCAGCGUCGCUCCCUGGAGACCAAGGCUGUCCUGAACGGCCGGGAGGAGAUCCUGCACACUGUGGAGCUGGGCCGUCGGGCUAGACACCUCUAUGUCUGUACAGGCCUGACCCACCCCUACGAUGACAAGGCUAUCCCCCAGAGCCUGGAGGGGUGCCUGGUGGCUGGGAACCCUCACAGUGCUAAGAACAGUGAGGCCAAGGUGACACUAAAAAUCAACCAGAAGGUAGUUCUGCACCUGAAGGGCUCACACCAGGGCAGCUCUCAGCAUAGAGGGAUCCAGCACAGCGUGGCUCUGUAUGCCACCCGUUCCAACCAGACCCUCCUCUUGAAUGGUAGCUUUGACCUUUCACGGCGUCGACAAGGAGCAUUUGACUUCAUCGUAGAUGCACAAGCUGCUAUCAAUCACAAUGCCACAUCCCAGGUCUUGGUCCAGCUGAACAAAUCAAGCUCCUACUUGGCAUUUUUCUUACAACUCCAACCUCCAGAUGGGCUUGCCUUCCUGCCCAGCUUACAGGUGCUGGCUUCCGCAGGACAUCACAAGGAACGCAGAGUGGACGCGUCCCUGUCUGUUCGUGUGUCUGGCCACGAGCUGCUUCUGCUAGAGGUGGACACUAGCAAGCAAAAUAGGAGGAGCCACCGGGGCUGGGACAUGAGGGUCUCACUCCGCCAGGCUGUCUUCAGCACCCCUAGAGCCCUUCAGCUACAGCUGUCCUCCAAGGUCACCUCAGCAAGGGUACAACUGUUUUCCAAGGUGCUGCUGGACCAGGACUCAGCUCAGCUACUCCUCAAGACUGCUAAGGAGAGACGGGGAGGCUGGGUUCUCAGGCUGUGGAGCCUUGCCCAGCACUCAGUAGCUGGCUGGACAAAAGUGCCCCAUGCCCUGAGCCUCAGGGGUGUGCUAAAGCAGAAGAAGACGUUCCGAGAAGGCUCCAUUACGGUGUCCACCGCCUCGGCCAUGCUGAGCUUCCUCCUGCAGGACAAGCAUGAGGAGACAGGGGGCAGCAGCUUGCACAGGGUGGCCUGCGCCCUCGCCCAGAACUGUAGCCAGGACUUGCCGGGAAAGCUCCAGCUGAGAGGGCGGUUGCAGACCUACUCCGGAGCCGCUGGGGGCCAGGCCAGCAUCCACGGUGACUCGACCAGCCUGCCCCUGAAUGGGACCUGCUCCGGGGACCCCGGGCACAGUCAGCUUUCGGGCAGCUUGACUCACAGCUGCAGCCCACUGAGUGACCCAGGCCUGGUCAAGCAUGCAGAUUUCUAUGCCUGUUUCCUCAUCCGCAAGGCCUGCUUCCAUCCCUUGGUCCUGAAGUCCCUGGAGGUCUGGGAUGUGGCCAGCUUGGGAUGGUCCAUCCUUACCAUGUCCCUGCAGGUCUCUGUGGAUGUUCAUGAUGGUGACGCCAGCUUUGAGCACUCCAUACCUAUCUCGGCAGGCCCUACAUCCAUCAACUACUCUGUGAGCUACUGGGCACACGAAGGCCAUCUGGAGCUAUGGGGCCACGGCCAACAUGACAGUGAGGCCCUGCUGCAGGCCGGGGUCCCUGGUGAGGCUGAUCUACAGGCUGAAUUGCGGAUGCAUGAGACCAAGACCUGGGCCCACGUGGCCCUCUGCGGCAGGAACUGGGUCAGUGUGGAUGUGACGGCCCUGCUGGCUCGGCUGCCGAAUGGCACUCUGGAGGCGACGGUGAACAGUAGCCACACAGUGCAAGCUUUCCAGAGACUGGGUCUACCCUUCAGCAGCCAGUUGCUAUUCCGAGAACUCUGGACCUUGGAAGACAUGACUUCAUCCCUGCAACUCACUUUUGACAGCCAGGAUAUGCUGGUUCUCCAUGUCCAUGGCCAGAACCAUGCCAAUAGCACGGAGCUGCUGCUGUGGGGCUGGGACCGCCCCCCCUCCUUCCUGGGCUGCUGUCCCCACUCAGCCCCUUCCACAGCCAAGCUCCGGUUCACCAAGGAUGAGACGAAAAGCACCUUUGUCCUAGAGGUGGGGGAGUGCCAUUUCCAUGUCAGCAGCAGCCUGCUUGCUGCUGAGGAUAGCCUAGCCAAUGUCAUCCAGCUGCAGCAGGCCUUCCCCCAGCUCAGCGCACUUCCCACAGAGCUGGUCCUGAGGAUGGGGUUCCAGAGAGCACAAGGCACCCACAUCAUGUCUCAGGCGGUGCUGUGGAAUGGCAGGAAGGUAGCCUUCAACGGGAGCCUCUCUGGGCCCUCCUCAGGGACCAUGGGAACCGUCCAUCUUCAGGUGGAGUUUGCCAACCAGCUGUCUCUGUCCCUGCCACGGCGCUGCAGCCUCCGCCUGACCUCAGAAUACUCUGGAGAUAGCUAUCAGGGUGACCUGGCUGUAGCCUGGAACCUCAAAGACCAGGUGCAGCGAUCCUGGGACAGUGGCUCACCUGUGACUCUGAAGAUCGCGUGGGCUAACAGGUCCUCUACGCACAGUGUGGCCUGGGAUGGCCGCCUCGCUGCCUCCCUGGGUCAGGUACGAGGAACCUGGAGCCUGGGCCCACUGCAAGCCUGUGGGUCCCUCUCUCUGACCCCGGUCAUGUUCAGUGAGCAAUUUGAUCUCUCCUGGGGCCGACACCGGCUGCAGCAGAACGUGACGUAUGAGAAACAUCAGUUGCGCCCUUGGGACAAGGUUCACGCAGAGGCCACACUGGAGCACAUCCUCCUGGCCCCUUGUGCCCAGCACAGCUUCCGGGGGACAAUGGAGACCGACUACAAGCACAGGUUACGCCACACCCUCCACAUGGGGCUUUGCAACUUUCCCAGGGCCCUCUCGUUCUCUGGGGAGCACAGUCUGGACCAGGGUGCACUCCUGCUGCAUUCUCAAUACCAGCUGGGUCUUGCCCCAGACCCUGACUAGGGCUUGCACUUUAGCCUAACCCUGUACAACCGCAGCCGACCAAAUGUACCUGACUUCUCUGGGCAGCUGGAGCUCCAUGGCCCCAGAGCUCAGCAACUCAGCUUGCUGGGGCGCGUCUCUACCUCAGCCUCCCAGAGCCUGGUCCAGCUGGAAGGCAGUAUGGAAAAGGAGAAACUAAGGCUUUUGGUGUCCCGGGCCCUGAGCUGUCUUCAGGCUUCUGCCAUCCAUGGGGAAGGGAGCAUAGAAGAGAGUAUGAUGCUGCAGGCAUGCAUCCUCAGGAGAGCUGUGGAGGUGAAGGCCCUCCUCCAGAGCACUGAGCAGUCUGCCCAGUCACUGGGCCACCUGACCCUGCAGGCAGCUCCCCAGGGCCUCCUCCUAGCUGCACACGGCAGCCAGGGGUUCCUGCUGAGCCACAUGGAGUCCAGGAUGACAGCAAUAGGAUCCCAGGUGCGAGCCCAGCUCGAAGAGAGACUCCAGAGCCUGGAUGGCUAUGUGAGAGGCUUUCAGAACCUGGUACAGCCAGUAGGCACCCUGAGCAAUGCAGCAGAGUGUCUGUUGCAGUUGACUCAGGUAGGGCUAGGUGCUGUUCAGACAGGUGGCCAAAUGGUGGCCACCUUGUGGCACCGAAGCCAGGCCAGACACAUGCUGACCUGUCGCCUGCCUGUCUACCUGGAACAGCUGCAGGUGGGGCUGGAGCAGCUGCGGAAUGAGUUGGAACAGCCCCUGGCCACGCUGAACGAGGCCUAUUCGGAGGUGAUGCCGCAGCCCCUGGAGGAGGCGUGGCAAGAGCGGGCUGAGGAGGCCAGGCAGUGGCUGCAGGCCUGGCUGCUCAGGCUGCUAGGAACUUGGCGGCUGAGGCCCAUCCAGAUGGCCCUGGGAGCUAUGAUGGGUACCCUGGAACUGGCCACCCACCAUACGUUGUCCUGGGCUGAGGCGGAGGUCUCCUGGGCCUUGAAGCGGCUCUGCAAACCCCUGCUAAACAUGUAUAGUUACUCAGCCAGGAACUACUCCGUGGUGGUGAGGCUGCCGCUUGUGCCCGUGGGGAAUGGGCCCCUGGAUGCAGCCCAGCUGGUCAGGUACCUGGUGGAGGAGAAACUCCUGUGGCCACUCCGCAGACUGUACGAGGCUAAUGUGGUGGCCGAGUUCUAUGGGUUCCAGCGGCGACUACUGAGGAGCCCCUUCAAGUAUCAUGCUGUGGUGGCUGGCGCCAGGUACAUGGUGACCUUUGAUGGGCAGGUGUAGGGCUUGGGUCCCCGCUGUGGCAGCUUCCUGCUAGCCAAGGACUUCAGUCACCAAACAUUCUCUCUGAUGCUGAGUCGCAUGAGCUCAGGGUUCACCGCCCUUCGAAUAGAGCUGAACCACACAACCCUUGUUCUGUAUCCUAGCCUAAAGGCUUACAGGCUUUAUGACACUGCUUGGCCUUGGGAUGGCUGCUGGGAUUUAGACCCAUCUCCUGCUGUGCUGAGCACAGGGCCGAAGGUUGAGCUGAGCAGCGAGGAUGGUGUGUCUGUUGCCUGUGAUGUGCCAGCAGGCCUCUGUAGCCUGACACUGAGCCUUUGGCACCAUGGAGCAUCUGCUGGCCUUCUGGGUACCAACAACAAUGAGGCAGAUGAUGAGCUAAUGUUGCCAGAUGGCACAGAAGCUGCCAACCUGGAGGAGCUCACCCAGGGCUGGCAGGUAAAUGAGAACUGUGGUCCUGUAGAGAGGGCACAGCAGCCAUGCUCAGGGCCCAGCACCACCUGCCAGGCCUUCUUCCAAGACCCCCAGUCCAGCCUGGGGAACUGCUUCCUGGUGGUGGACCCUGCUCCAUUUCUCAGACUGUGUGUCCAGGAUACCUGUGACCCUAAGGAGCUCCACCCUGCCUGCCACCUGGCAGUUGCCUACAUCGACUUGUGUGCCCAGGACUCUGUGCCCUUGGCCCUUCCUCUGCAGUGUGCUAAGUUCUCACCUUGGUCUAGCCUUGGUCUCACACCCCACGUGGAAAACCAGUGCCAUCCUCUGAGCUCCUAA